CGCUCCAUUCGAAGGUACGAACAUUCCCCUUGUUUGUCCCUCUCCCUAGAACAUGCAAUGGAAAAAACGGACACGAUGGGAGUGCAGAUGGCCUAUGAGGAGUUUCUAUGUUAAAUCUCUUAUUAUUAUUUUUUUCUUUCCAGCUCUUUGUUUUCCUUCUUUGGUGGUAUCAGCAUGCAUGUGCCUGAGCUGAUGCCAGCUCAUACCAUGUAUUUUUCCUAAUUUAGCUUGUGGGCUUCUGCGUCACUGUGAUGGUGCUCUGUUUCCCAUUCUUCAAAAAGACACUGCUCUGUUUCUUCUCUUUUUUGCCUGCGUUCUUUGUUCCCUCUUCUCUAACCUAAAGGAGGGCUGGUCUGAGGUGGCUGAUCUUCAAAAUCCAAUCCAUGGCUUCUGAGGCUUCGUCAAACGAUCAAACAGAUGACAGAAGUGUUGAGGAGAAGAAAGUGGUCAACAAUAUAAAAGAUACUGAUGGAGAGAAUGUUUCCCAACCGAAAAAGGUUGAAGGUAAAAAUGAGGAAGCAACCUCUUUUACUCGAUCAGAAGGAAAGCCAGAAGGUAAGAGUGAUUCCGCAGUUGAGGUGAAGAAGGAAGAAGGAGAUAAUGACAAGGCAGAAGGUUCAGAUGAUUUGGUUGGUCAUGGUGUGGAAGAGGUAGACAAUGCUAAAAAGGAAGCUGAAACCUCUGCUACGUCAGAACCAGCAGUUGAAGGUACUGGAGAAGAAUUAAAAAAUCAGUCAGAUGUAUCUAAUACUCUUGCACCACAAAGUGAAGUGGUUGAAAAACCAAAGGAGGAUUUUGAGGCAUCUUCAGUUCAAGAAUCAGAAUCAGAAGCAUCAAAAAAGCAAGCAGUUUCAGAAACAGUGACUGAAAAUGUGAAAGGCGAAGUUACAGAGCCUUUAACUGUUCCAAGUUCUAUUUCAGAAGAAGAAAACAAACAAGAGAAGCCACCAAUAGUAUCCACUGCCAAAGCGCCUGCAUCUGAUGGUAUUGAAACCUUUGGUACUGAAGAAGGUGCUAAGGUUUCCCAAGAUGAAAAUAAGAACUUUGAGGAGACUGUUGCCUUAGAAAAUUUAAGUGCAGUAGUAACAGAUGUUGCAAAGCUCCAAGAAGCUGGAAAAGGGACUGUCGCUCUUGAGGCUACUGAUGCUCCCCAAAAGGCUGAUACAGAUUUAAAUGCUAGUAGAGAUGUUAAGGAAUCUGCAAAAGAAGAAAUGGGGAGCAGUAAAGUUGAAGAGUUGGUGGAAGAAGUUGCAGUUGCCGUUGCCAUUGAUGCUGGCAAGCCCGAUCCUUCUGCUGCUAUAGAACUGGUAGAGGCUGCUGAUGAAAGUUCAGUUAUCAAAAUCACAGAAGAUACCAUGAAGCCAGAUGCUAAGGUUGAAGAACAAAAGCAAGAAAAGAUUACAGAAGCUGAAGAACCAAAUCUAAGUGAGAUAAGUAAAAUUGACACUUCUAUUGAAGUUGCUGAAGUUGCAUAUGAAGGAGAGAAGGUUUCUGGAAGUACUGAAAAGGUUGAGGAAAAGAAGAAUGAGAGAUUGGAAAGUAACGAGCCAAAUUUGUUAGAGGCCUCCAAAGAUCACAAGGAAGCUACUGGAGUUUCUGCAGUCUCUUCAGAGAAAAGGAAGGUCUCUGAAGGUGCUGAUAUUGUGAAGCAUAAGGACGAGCACUUAAAAAGCAAAGAGGAAAUCACCAGAGACCUUGAUGCUGCUUCCAUGGUUGCAGAGGCUUCAUCCCAGGAAGAGAAGACUUCUAAAGGUGCUGCAAUGUUUGAAGAGAAAAAGGAUGAGGGUCUGAAAGAUGAUAAGUUAUCUGGGUUAGAGACCUCCAAGGAUUUCGACACUGCCUCUGAAGUUGCUGAAUUUUCAUCUCAGGAAAAGGUCUCUGGAAUUCUUGAAAUUGUGGCAGGGAAGAAGGAAGAGAGCUUGGAAAGUGACAAGAGGACAGCAAUUGAGACCUCGGAAAGUUCUGUUGCUGCUGCAGUCUCAUCCAAAGAUGAGAAAUCUUCUAUAGCUGUGGAAAUGGUUGAUAAGAAGGAUAACAGUCUAGAAGGUGACAAACGAACUUUGGUUGCUACCUGCAAAGAUUUCGAUGUUGUUACUGACGUUUCUGGAGUCUCAUUAGUCGAGGAGAAAACAUCUGGUGGUACCGAAAUGGUUCCGGAGAAAGAUGAGAAAGAGAAAUCUCCUGAAGGCACUGAUGAAACGAUUAAUGAAAAGAAGAAUGAAGCUUUAGAGGGUGCAAGAAAGACCCUAGGUGAAACUUUUAAAGAGCAUGAUAUGGAGGAAAAGAAUGUUAUCACCGCGUCUGCUACAGAACCAGUUGCUGAUUCUGAGGAGAUUGGGAAGGAUAAGGAACUUGCAAAAGAUAUUGCAGAGACUGGGAAACCUGAUGACGGAAACUUAGUUGAGCCCUCCAAAGCUGGUGAUGUCGCGAAGCAAGACAAGGAGGUCCCUAAACAAGGGGUUCAUAAAACUUCUAAACACCAUUCAAGUAACAUAUUAUCAAAGAUGAAGCAUUUGAUUGUCAAGGCAAAGAAGGCGAUCAUUGGCAAAUCACCAAGUUCAAAGACCAUUUCAGUAGGAACCAAAGAUGACAUUAAAGUGAAGUAAAAGAGCAGGAGUCUUUUCAGUUUAAAAGGGUUGUGUCGUUUGUUACAGGCUCUUGCAUCAUAUAUGUUCUAAAGGUCAUUCUUGCAUCCACAUCCUGCCUGUGCUGGUGUGCCUCCCACAUGGUGCCCAGUGAGGGAGAAAAUAUGUGAGUGAAUAGAUGAAUAGAUAUUCAUUUAGGAGGAUUGAGCUAUUGGGGCAAUGCAGCUUGCAAGGAAAGAUUUAUUGGAAUUGUGCCCCUUGGCUUGAUGGUAGAAAUGAUGAAUCGAAUAGUAUCAGCUCAGCGUAAUGUUAUUUAUUUUUUGGAUGGUGUGCCUUUGUGUGGCUUGGUUUUAUUUUGUUUGUGUUUAUAGAUCUGGCGAAACAUUCUUUUUGUUGCUUAUGUAAUGUAUUAUUCUGUCUCAUGAACAAUAAUCAACAAAUACUUGAUAUAUAUUUUGUAAGUUAUUGUGAUGCAA